AUGUCCGACGACAACAUCAGCGACAAGCAUGAGACCACUACGGCCGAGAUGCUUCGUCGCUAUCAAACAGCUGAGAGUGUUAUGCUCCCUAUCCCACGAGAUGUUUUUGAAAAGUUGUACCUCAGCCCCAAGACACCAAAUGCAGGAAAGCUGCGUUCCACAUUCGGUAAUCCCACGCCGAUCUCGUUGAUGGGUUUCCUGUUGGCUGCGACACCGACCGCAAUGAUUACUAUGGGCUGGAGAGGAGCUGGCGGAAACGGUGCUGCCAUCCUACCGGUCUAUAUCUUCUUCGGCGCAAUGGUACAAAUAUUCGGAGCGAUUGGCGAAUGGAUCCUAGGGAAUACAUUUUCCUGCGCGUUAUUCUUUACAUAUGGUACCUUCUGGCUGGUUCAGGGCACAUCGCUCAUGCCAUCCUUUGCCGUUGGCACAAUGUACUCACCUGACGGCAACACACUGGAAGGCAUGCAGACGGCUGAAUACAGCGCCACUGUCGGCUUCUACUACGUCACCCUCGCUCUCCUCACCUUCGUAUACAUGAUUUGCUCCCUCCGCACCAACAUCUGCCUCUUCCUCGCGCUCUUCCUGCUCGUGAUUACAUUUGGGUUAUUUGCAGGCACAUACUUCCAGACGGCGCUAGGAAACCUGGUGCUGGCAGCGAAAUUACAAAAGGCGGCUGGUGCGUUCAACUUCGCGCUCUGCCUUCCGAUCUGGCAUAUCUUCAUUGCACAGAUCCUCGAUGCGGUUGAUUUCCCCUUUUCGCUACCGGUGGGUGACCUAAGUACAGUCAUCCUUGGCAAGAAUCAGAAAGCCCGGAAGCGUGAAGUUGAGGGCUAG